UCACAUCGUCACCAUAACUCGAGGAAGCCCAGGCCCACACAGAACCCGAGUCUCUGGCAGAAGAAUCACAGUUCAGUACGGAGUCUGUGUUUGUGGUCGCACUAUCAUCCAAAACUCUUGGCGAUGCUCCUUUCUUCCCCAAAUUUUCAUCAGCAAAUUUGAGCCUUAUUUCCCCUUCUUCUGUGGGACCCAUCUCAACGAUUGUGCUCUUGCUUCUUCUCUCUGUGUCCAUGGUUUCUCUUUCUCCCGUUUCAGUUUCGCCUCCGAUUCCUCCUCAUUGUUCACUCCGGCGUCGUUUAUCCACCAUUUCCUCAAUUGGGUUUGUUUCUGAUUAAAUUUCCUCAACUGGGAUUGCUUUAUUUUCAUCCGAAUCAUCUCAGUGUGCUGUAUCCGGUCUCUGAGCUCCUGCUAGUUCGCUGAGGCAUUUAAUCGAACACAUUGUCUCAUGGCUUCCAUUGGGUCUCUGCAUUUUAUCAUGGGGACCAAGACUGAUAGCUCUGUGCUCGUUCACAGCAGUACUAAUCCCCGGCUCAGAUUCCCAUUCUUCACGAAUCGGCCAAGAAGCUCCAUUGAAGUUAGUGGGAUCAAUGCUUCUGCAAAUGGGUCUGCAGGAGCUGCGCGAAUGUGCAGAGGACGGAAUAGUUGGUGCACAAGAGGGAAACUUUGGAGGAUUAAGCCGCUGAGAGCGAUCCGAAAGAGCUCGGCGGAAGGUGAGGACGCGGGCGAGCCGGAGGACGCGCUUCAGGCCACCAUUGAAAAGAGCAAGAAGGUUCUUGCUGUGCAAAGAGAACUACUACAACAGAUUUCUGAAAGAAGGAAAUUGGUAUCUUCUAUACAAAAUAGUGAUAUAAGCCAAGAAGAAGGGGAAGCUUCUUUUGAACAAGGGAAUGAAUCGUUUUCGAAUGCGGAAAGUUCUUCAAGUAGUGUUGAUAAAAGUGUUGACCAAAUUGGCAGCAUUGUUUUGAGCAGCUAUGAGCAUUCAACUGAAGAAAAGGAUUUUGAAACCGUGCCUUCUGCUCUUAGUGGAGGGCUUGAUGAAAUAGAAAAGGAUCAUGGAGAUGCUUUACCAUUUGAUAAGUCUCCCAGUGAACUAGAGUCCAGUAACCAUGUGGGUAAGGAUAGUUCCAAGACAGAGUGGUCUGAUGGUUUGCCAACUUUUCUUACUAACCCUGAGUCGUCUAUGCUAAAAGAUGACGAGCUUAUUGAUUUGAAAGAAACAAGUGAAGAGGAGGUCAGUGAUGGGGCAACUGGUUUUACGAGUGAGGACGUAAAGCCCCCUCCUUUGGCUGGGCCUAAUGUCAUGAAUGUCAUAUUGGUAGCUGCAGAAUGUGCUCCAUGGUCGAAAACAGGUGGGCUUGGAGAUGUUGCUGGGGCUUUACCAAAGGCUUUGGCUCGGCGUGGACACAGGGUCAUGGUUGUGGCACCUCGCUACGGUGAUUAUGCGGAACCCCAAGAUUCAGGAGUUCGGAAAGCAUAUAAAGUUGAUGGCCAGUAUAUGGAAGUAGCAUAUUUCCAUGCCUAUAUUGAUGGUGUAGAUUUUGUCUUCAUUGAAUCUGCUGUGUUCCGUCACAUGGAGCACAAUAUAUAUGGAGGAAAGCGUGAGGAUAUUUUAAAACGCAUGGUGUUAUUUUGCAAGGCAGCAGUUGAGGUCCCUUGGCUUGUCCCCUGUGGCGGUGUUUGCUAUGGUGAUGGAAACUUGGCUUUCAUUGCAAAUGAUUGGCAUACUGCAUUGUUGCCGGUGUAUUUGAAGGCAUAUUAUCGGGACAAUGGUUUAAUGAUAUAUACAAGAUCCAUCCUUGUAAUCCAUAACAUAGCUCACCAGGGUCGGGGGCCAGUAGCUGAUUUCUCCUUCGUUGAUCUUCCGGGACACUACCUGGACCUUUUCAAAAUGUAUGACCCUAUUGGAGGCGAGCACUUCAAUAUCUUUGCAGCUGGUCUAAAGACAGCAGACCGUGUGGUUACUGUGAGUCAUGGAUAUGCGUGGGAGCUUAAAACGGUUGACGGUGGUUGGGGAUUGCACGGGAUCAUAAAUGAGAAUGACUGGAAAUUCAGAGGCAUUGUUAAUGGAAUUGACACAGAAGACUGGAAUCCACAGUAUGAUGUUUUCUUGAAAUCAGAUGGUUACACGAACUACUCCCUGGAAACACUUAAGACUGGCAAGGCUCAGUGUAAGGCAGCCUUACAGAAGGAACUGGGUUUACCAGUCCGUGAGGAUGUCCCCGUAAUUGGUUUCAUUGGGAGGCUGGAUCACCAGAAGGGUGUUGAUCUCAUAGCAGAGGCAAUUCCUUGGAUGAUGGGUCAGGAUGUGCAACUAAUCAUGUUAGGCUCUGGCAGACCUGACCUGGAAGAGAUGCUAAGGGCAUUUGAACAUCAACACCGAGACAAGGUCAGGGGAUGGGUUGGGUUUUCUGUACAAACGGCUCACAGGAUAACUGCCGGUGCAGACAUUUUGCUCAUGCCAUCAAGAUUUGAGCCGUGUGGAUUGAACCAACUAUACGCUAUGAACUAUGGGACAAUUCCAGUUGUUCAUGCUGUUGGUGGACUAAGAGAUACCGUGCAUCCUUUCAAUCCGUACGAGGAGUCAGGACUUGGGUGGACAUUUGACAGCGCUGAGGUCGGUAAGCUAAUCCAUGCAUUAGGGAACUGCUUCUAUACGUAUCGAGACUACAAGCAGAGCUGGGAAGGAAUCCAGAGACGAGGGAUGAUGCAAGACCUGAGCUGGGAUCAUGCUGCUCAGAACUAUGAGGAGGUUCUUGUUGCUGCAAAGUACCAAUGGUGAGCUAUUGCUGCUUGACGGCCACAAGUUCUUUCUAAGUACUUCAUCGAUCCACCGCGGUUCUGUUAGGGAAGUAACUACGGUAGUUGUUACUGUGUAAAUAUUGUUCAGACUCCUCCCAUCUCUCUUUUUUUUUCUUCUAAUAAAUCACACAGUUGCUCGUACUCAGUCCGGCACGCGAAAGUGAAAAGAAUGAUAGAUGUUUCUCUUGUUUUUAAUCAGUACUGCUUAUUUUUGCUA